CAGUCCUCGGAAGUGCUGAAAGACUCCUUUUUGAAGGUGCAAGUGUACACGUUGACGCAGAGAGUGACGCAUGACAUUUUAUUCGGUUUGCCGAGUGCUCCAAAUAAUGAACUGAGUAUCAAGUUGAGAGAGAUGACUUGCAGAAUGAUGAUGAUGAGGAACACAAUCCGCGACGUUCUCCUCACUGAGCUGAAUUUCCUGAUCCCGAAUGCGUCUUCAGUGCCCUACGACGACGAAGAAAUCCGAGCCCAGUGCAACAUUGUUGAUCCCUGUAUGAAAACCAUGUCCUUGUUCUUGACGACCAAACGAUUCAUUCGGAAUUUGGUCGACUUAUGGGCGUGAAUGCUGAUGAGGAUAUGAUAUGUCAGAGGAGAGAAUUAUUUUGUACCAGACCUGCUUUUUACGAAUGUGAAUCGAUGUGGGAGCGAAUGAGAUAUGCUGCUGAUGCUCAUGGAUGAAAGUUUCUGGAGACUGAGUUUGAUUUUUGUAUCAGCGAAAUGUGUUUGUGAUUCUGUGUUGUGAAUAUAGAUUCAAUGAGCGAGAGUCGGAUUUUUAAAAUGAAUCUAUAACUAAAAAAAAAAUAUGCGUCAAUAAAGCAGAAAAACUCAAAGGAAAAAA